UGAACAAAAUCGAAACAUGCAAAACAUGUCCCAUACACUGACUCUCAUCGUCCGUGGGCUCCCAACGCCGAAGAACCCCCAUACCCAACCUUGUUGCAAGAGCCCAUUAUUGAGGAUCGGGUGGUUACAAUGGCAGAUUGUGUGUCAUCUUACCCGAUCGUUGCUGCUGUUAUCGCCCUCUGGAUUGCCUUGUCCAGCCCGAUUAUUUAUAGGCCCCCGUGAUGCAAGUUGGCUAGCAUCAGCGUAAAACAACACUCACUCACAUGAUAAGAAUUUGUGGAAGUCGAGUACAGAUGAGGAUGGGGAUGAGUUAUGGUGUCAGUGUCAAGCAGAUGGUCUCGACUGUGUCCAGGAUUUCAGUUAUAUCACUGCUUGUCGGAUGUAAGCCUGGGAUACAAGGGAUCCUGAUAAUUUUGAAGAUUAAGAAACUUUUUUGGAAGGGGUCAUAUUGACAUAUAUGCAUUAAAUCAAUGUCGUGUUUUUGUCCAACUAACACAGUGUACAUGAAACACAAAACAGUUAAAUGCACUCUAUAUACAAAUAGCUGCAACAUUGAUGAUGCGGCGGAAAGCAAUAUUCACUCACUCUCACAGUUAGGAGGCGCCUACCUACCCUAACACUGUCGUAACAGUGCAUUGCUCAAACCGGCUGUUCUGUAACACAAAUAACAAACAUGUUUAAAAUUUAACUGAUUUGUGCAGCAAAGUAGACGACUUCGGCUACAGGAACAGUAUCUGUGGAAUUAAGAUACUGACAAAGAUAUUUACUGGCAUCAAUAAAUACUUCUUUUACAAAACAGCUACAUGUGGUGAAUGAUAAAUAUGCUCAAGUUGGCCCUAAAAUAUUUAUACUUGAUCAAACAGCUUUACACACAUUUAUUGAAAAUAUAUGGUCGUUUAAACAUUUUAGGCUCUCGGUGUUCAUUGCAGUGGAGCUACACCAGUCGAUGACUAACUAACCAUUACAGCCAGUAGACACCGAGGCCUAUACAAAUAAUGUAUACAUAGAGUCAUGUCCCCACCACAACCACGUCAAUGAUCACAAUGAAAACCCGAUUAAAAAACCUAUACAACUGCAAAGCAAAAUCGAAAGUAGACGAAUUUCCCACCAUUGCUUUCAACAUGACGUCAGACAUAUUCUGAGUAAUAUCGCCAGUUCUCGGAAACUGCAAUCGUUAUUGUGAAGGGAGAGUGGUCGGCUUGGCAGGUUCAUUCUCUGCGAUAAGACUAAACAUUGCAGAAUGACUGGAUAAUCCAAAGCUAUGUACAGGCGUUCCUCAUCACCGGAUACUCUGUUUCCCUCAGAAAGUUACGAGCAUAGAGACAGCGUAGAACACAAACAUCGGCACAGUCGGAGUGGAGGGUUAGCUCUAGGACGAGAUGACGGCGGUGGAUUCCAGGGAAGAUCUCAGGAAGAAAGGGGAAGAGGGGGAUUCAGAGCAUGGGCGACAGACAGACCAAUCAGUGGUGAACAAAGAGCAUGGCGAGGAGGAAGAGGUAGAGGUGGAUACUAUGACGGCAGAGGUAGAGGACACAACAGAGGGGGUUUUAGAGGAAGAGGAACAUAUGUAGAUAGAGGGCAUCACAGAGAGGGUCAUAGAGGACGAGGCAGAGGACGAGGAGGCGGUGGACGUGGCCUGAACUUGACCCAACUUGAAGAACUCAAGGAAAAGGACCCAUCAAUUAUUGUAAUGACACUUGGAUUGGAUCAAGGAAUUGGCAUUUUCUUGAAACGGCAAUCCCUUAAUCAACGUGAAGUGUAUACUAUUGCGAGUCUCAUAGCAAAGGCAUGUCGUUGCACAACUGCCCCGGGAAGUUUCAACAGGAUUCUACUGACUAUUCAAGAGUCUAAGUUUUAUGAACAUGUUUCAAGUGUUUUGGAAAGCUUUGACCUGUUUUCGUUAUGUGAAGCUGAAGGAAGAAACUUAAUCAGAGACCUGACAAUAUUCAUGAAAGAACUCUAUGUUCGUCUACCUCAUUCUGCCAUGGAAAUGAAGGUACUUGGUUUGGAAAGUCUCUUGACAACUGCCAUUCACAAAUUGCAAAGAACAUCUGACAUCAUUGAUCAGGACAUUUUGUCAAACAUCAAGGAACUCCAGGAACUGAAGAUUACUGUGCUUGAUCAUGAAAGGACUAGGCGGACAGAGAGGGAUGAACACAAAGAGGGAGUCCCGCCUGAUGAUUUCAGACAUGUAUCUAUUUUCCCAAGUGCUGAUGAUAUCCAUCCCAAUGAGAAACCAUUCCUCAGAAAGAACAAAUCUGUGGGUGGCUACAGGGAUCUGGACCAUUAUCUGGAUGUCCAAUUCCGACUUCUGAGGGAGGAUUUCAUUUGUCCUCUGAGAGAAGGCAUAGAAGCUUACCUUGUAGCAGAAGGUCCUGGCAAGCGUGGGCAGCGAUUGAAGGAUAUCAGAGUAUAUCAAGAUGUGCACAUUGUCAGGACAUUAUGCUCAAACAAUGGCCUACUUCACAGAUUAUCUUUUGAUGUCAGCAAUCUUCAACGUGUGAGGUGGGAAAAUACGAAGAGACUCAUUUAUGGAUCCUUAGUAUGUCUUUCAACGGAUAAUUUUGAUACACUGCUGUUUGCCACCAUUACAGAGCGAGAUCCUAUAUUACUGAAAAAGGGGUAUGUUGAUGUCCUUUUUGAAGAGUCUGAAGACCUUGACGAGAGACAGUUUGACACAAAUUUUGUCAUGGUGGAAACGACGGCAUUCUUUGAAGCUUAUCGCCAUGUGCUACGGGGAUUACAGAAAAUUCAGAAGGGAGAACUGCCUUUUGAAAGGUACAUCGUUGCAUGUAAAAAUGAUGUCAAGCCUCCAAGGUAUCUCCAAGAAACAUUAGAAAUUGAUGGAAGAUCACCUAAGUUUGAUUUGCGCCCACUGAUAGAUGACGUCAUUGAGUUGAGAGAAGAUAAAAAUCUUCUGACUCAACGACGUGAAGUUAGCUAUUUCUUCAGUCUUGGUUCACAAUGUGCAAAAAGGGUUCAUGUCUUGGACAACAUUGAUUGGCCUUCUCCAGAGAUACUCCAUGUUGAUAAUUCACAGUUCCAAGCCCUGAAAACAGCUUUGACAAAGGAGUUUUCCAUCAUUCAAGGCCCACCUGGAACUGGAAAGACUUACGUUGGGUUGAAAAUUGUCAAGGCUCUGCUUCAUAAUGACCAGAUGUGGAAAAAGCAGCAUCGUGCACCGAUGUUGAUCGUGUGUUACACAAAUCAUGCCUUGGACCAGUUCCUAGAGGGAAUUAUUGGUUUCUACAAGGGCAGUGUCAUCAGAGUUGGCAGCAGAAUUUCAAAUGAGCAGCUUGAAAGAUGCUCAUUGAGAGCCCAUAGACAAAGUGCCAGGAAGGACAGGGACAAAGAUCGAGAUAUGAGAAAUGUUGGUAAAAGGCGAUGGGAGACAAAACACAGAAUGCUUGACCUUCAGUAUCAAAUUGAAGACACUGGAAUGAAAUUGGAAGAUGCUGAAAAAACAGUUAUGCAUGAAGAUGUAUUGAAGCCAUAUAUGCAUAAAGGACAUUAUGACACUCUAUUAGCAAUAAUGAAGAGAUUGCAUAGACAGCAACAACUUGAAUGCCAAAUGGAUUUACCAUUUCCCAGAUCAUUCAUUGUAGAAUGGCUUGGGGUGGGAAGCAUGGAAGAGACAAUUGAAACGUUUGGAGAUGAGGGCCAAGGUGCAUUUCAACAGGAAGAAGAUGACAAAGAAGAUAUGGAGAUCGAUAUUCAAGAAGAGGCAGAGGUGGUACAAGCACAGCGUAAAAUUUACGACUUGGAUACAGAUGACAUCUCCAAUGAAUUUGAAAUGAAACAACAGCAGAUCAAAGGCCUUCAGAAUCAAAGGUAUAAAUAUGUGGCUUUUGAUGUUGCGACAUUUGACACAAACCCAAUGCUUGCAUUGAACACUACAGGGUUUCAAUUCACAAAAAAGGCAAGAAAAAACAUUAAGCGAAGAAUGCUGAAGCAGCUGAAAUCCACACAGAGAAUGCGUGACAUGGCAGCAUUACGUGUGAGAGACCCAUGGAGGCUAAAAAUGGAGGACAGAUGGAAGCUUUACCGAAACUGGGUGUACAAAUUUUGUAAAAAGUUGCAAAAGGAUAUACGCACAACAGAACAGAGCUACAGAGAAGCUGUUGCCGAAUACAAAGAGCUGCAAGUGAAUGAAGACAUGCAGAUAUUACGAGAAGCUACAGUCAUUGGCAUGACAACUACAGCAGCAGCAAGGUAUCAGCAGGCUCUUGCAGAGAUUGGUCCACGUAUCAUCGUGGUAGAAGAAGCAGCUGAGGUUCUUGAAGGACACAUCAUCACCACGUUAAGCAAGAAGUGUGAACACCUGAUACUCAUUGGAGACCACAAACAACUGAAGCCAAACCCAACAGUCUAUAAACUGGCAAAACAGUUUAAUCUAGAUUUGUCAUUGUUUGAAAGAAUGAUUGAUAAUGGAAUUCACUGUGACACUCUCGCCCUUCAGCACAGAAUGAGGCCAGAAAUAUCCACAGUGAUGCGUCACAUAUAUCCAAAACUGCAGGAUCACCCAUCUGUAUUUGACUAUGAGAAAGUGAAGGGGAUUUCUGCCAACAUGUUCUUCAUAGAACACAGCAGCCAAGAGGAACAUGAUAUGGAUAUGAUGAGUCAUUCUAAUACAUAUGAGGCAACAUACAUAGUCGCUCUCUGCAGUUAUCUCCUGAAACAAGGGUAUGAAAAAUCACAAAUCACUGUCCUUACAACCUAUUCAGGUCAACUGCUUAAAUUGAAGAAAAUGAUGAAACCGGAUUUCCAAGGAGUUAGGUUGACCGUCGUUGACAAUUACCAAGGAGAAGAGAAUGACAUAAUCCUAUUAUCUCUUGUGAGAAGCAAUGCUGAAGGAAGUGUUGGAUUUCUGAAAAUAGAGAACCGUAUUUGUGUAGCUCUGUCACGAGCAAAGAUUGGACUCUUUGUCAUUGGCAACUUUGAGCUUCUUUCCCAGCAGAGUUUAUUAUGGAUGGAUAUCUUGACAGACCUCAAGAAGAACAGUAAAGUGGGCCCAACCUUGAACCUUUAUUGCCAGAACCACCCAACAGAAACAGGAAUCAGUGUUCAAAGCCCAGAUGAUUUCAAGAAAGCCCCUGAAGGAGGUUGUCUGAAACCAUGUGUAUUCAGACUUGAAUGUGGCCACGUGUGUGCUCUGCUUUGCCAUCCUUAUGACCCCCAACACAAGGACUAUAUUUGUAAGAAGCAAUGUUCAAAACAAUGCAGCAAAGGUCAUCCGUGCUCUCGGUAUUGCCAUGAAGAAUGUGGAAAAUGCUAUAUACGUGUUGAAACAGUCAUUCCAAAAUGUCAACACAAACAGAUGGUUCCUUGCUUCAAGGAACCCAGCGAAUUUUCUUGCGAGGCCGAAUGUAUGAAACUUCUUGAUUGUGGACACAGAUGUGGAAACCCCUGUGGCAUGAGUCAUGGGUGCACAGCAAAGGUUAAGAAGACAUUCAGAUGUGGUCACAUAGGAGAUGUCCUUUGUGCAAGGAAGUUAUCAGCACAGUGUGAAGCCAAAUGUAGUGAACCUCUGAAAUGUGGGCAUAAAUGUGAAGGUGAUUGUACAAGAUGUCACGAGGGAAGGCUGCAUGUACCAUGUCGCAAGAUGUGUAAAGAGACUCUUAUAUGUGGACAUCCAUGUGGAUCUCGAUGUUCCGAUUGUCCUCAGUGCAGAACAGCAUGUGCAAACCGCUGUCAGCACACCAAGUGCCGCAAAUAUUGCAAUGAGACGUGUGAUCCAUGCAGUCAACCUUGUGGAUGGCAAUGUGAGCAUCACAGAUGUACACUGCCGUGCAGUGAGCCCUGUGACAGACCACCCUGCAAUGAGCCAUGUAAGAAGAAACUACCUUGUAAACACCCAUGCAUUGGCCUUUGUGGUGAACCAUGCCCCAAGCAAUGCGGAAUUUGCAACGAAGUUGAAGUCAAUCAAAUAAAUCCAAAACCGGGUGCAAGAUUUGUUUUCCUUGAGGACUGUGGCCACAUUGAAGAAGUGUCAAAACUUGACCACUACAUGAAAUCAAAGUCAGAGGAGAUCAAACUGAAGUCCUGUCCACAUUGUGAUACAGUGAUCAGGCACAAUGUGAGGUAUGGGACUAUGGUCAAGAAGACUUUGAAGAAUAUUGAAUCUGUUAAAAAGCUCUGUAAUGAGAAGAAAGACACGGUUCCAGACAUGAAAAACAGUCUUACGAUGGCAGUGAUGGAUGAGGAAGAAAACGAAGAAGAUGGUGUGAAAACAAUGAUGCUCCGUCAAGCAUACACGAACUCAGUGGCGGGACUCUCUGCGUUGGAAAACCAGUUUUGCUUUGUGGAUGCACUGAAAAAGAUUAUUGACAAAUAUCGAAUGAUACCAGUUAUGACUGAUCAGGAAUCAAGCUCAAAAGAGGCAAAUAUGUUCUACAAAUGGCUGAAAACACCAAGACAAGUCUUCAGCAAACAAGAACAAUAUGAUGCUGAGAAUGAACUCCUCAGGCACAAAGCAAUUUUGUUAUAUCUUGACUGCUUUCAGGAAAGACAGGCGACACUGAUGCAAGUCUAUGUGCCGAAACUAAAAGACAUUCUGUUGUCAGGAAAGCCAUACACAAAAGAGAAGCAGGACCACGUUAAACUGAUAUUUCAAAGACUGAGAGAAAUCAUCCCAAGUAGUAAAGUAGAAGAGAUUGAACAUGCAACGUUGAAGCUUGUAUGCAAUGUAGGAGCUGCGUCUGGGAAGUGGUUUUCCUGCUUGAGAGGUCAUGUGUAUUCAACUGGAGAUGUACAACCGUUUACAACAUGUCCAAAAUGCAAGGCCAGGGAUGCCAAGAUACAACGACGAAGGCUUCUGUUGUCUAAACUGAGAAGACAAUAAACAUCAAGACUCUUCUCUAUGUACAUGCCUUUCGCCGAUGGUGCAUCUCAAUACACGUAUUGGGUAAUGACAAGUCUGACAAGUCUGACAAUUGGAGAGUGCCAUGAGAAAGACUGGAGAAGACUCUUUGCCCUGGUCCAUUAUUAUAUAUGAACAAUGCCUUAACGUGUAUGUAUGCAUGAAUGUGUGUGU